CGCGUGUUUAUCCGCGCCGCCGGGGCAGUGUUGUAAAGAUGAAUCACCUUCCGCAAGUAUGGCAGUCCAGAAUGGUGACCACGUACAGGACCUGUUCUACAGCAGUUGAUCGACAGCGUAUGAUGCCGUUCGAGCGAUACAGGAAACUACGGCGACGUUUGAAAUCUAGAUCAAGAGUGGCUGGGGUGCCUGGUGCACUCGCUGGAGUAGCACUGUCUUCAGCUGUUAACGUACAUUUUCAUCCUCAGAUGUUGGAAUUUCAGAAUCCAGAAGCGGAGCUAACUCAUAUUCUGGGAAUGGAUCCACUUGCUUUUGCUGUAUUAUGUGGAAUUGGCAGUGGAACUGUUGGGUUUCUCUUUGGUGGGUCAGUUUUCAAUGUAAUAUGGAAUAUAGUAUUCAAAAACAGAUCCAAAGAAUUGCAGCAGCGUGAAGAAGACUUCUUACGCCGCCUUGAACAGCAUCGAUUUUCCGACAUCAAUAAGUUCGAUGAUGACUACUAUGGAGACAAAAUAAACACCCUCUUUGACUACCGCCAAUGGGUUAGACAGCAACAACGAAAAAAAACAAAUGCAAUGAACAAACAUUGAUGUAAUAGUUUUGUAUUUAGCAGAGUGUAUUAGGCUAUGAUAUGGAAUUUUAUUCUGCUGUGGCAAAACUAUGUUCUACACAUAAUGCUUGUAAAUAACAACGAAUAGUCCCAGGCAAUGUUCGUACAGGUUAUGGUAAUGAAACAACUACGGUGCGAGCUAACAUUUUCAGUUUAGCACACUUUUGGAGAUACAGUCUGUGACAGUCUGGGUCAGUGACACUCCUGGUAUCUUUUGGAAGCUCCGUGUUAGGAAAAGUGCUGCAAGAAAUCAAUUCCAUAUAAUUAUGUAUCUAAGCGUUUUAUGAGGUACUAGGUCAUUGUUGAGGUAGAGCAGGUUCACUUUUGGAGAUACCAUUUGUAGGUGCUGCCUGAGGGGUUCUGGAAUUGUUCAGCCUUUUGAUAUCCGACCUAAAGGUUUCCCUCCUAUUCAUUGCAAACGAAUGUGCCAGUCGACUACGCAAUCGAUAUUCCUGUCUAUGCUCGAGAUGGCGAACCUCGUACUUGUAUCUCUUUUUCGCAUGUUUCUUUAUGGUGGAGAGAACACCAGCUGACGGACAUCCAGCUUCAGUCCAUAUUCUAUGCCAGAGAAUUGAGGCCUCCUUUGCAGCACUGUCGUUCCAGCCAUGAACUCUCCGUGAGGAUGAUGACUUGCUAGGAAAGCAGCAGAAAGCACAAUCCAGUAAGGUAGAAACAAUGUGGUUCACAUAAUCAUCAAGUAGAGCAGUGCACUCAGGCUGGGAACAUUGCAGAAACAUAAUUGGAGGAGCAGACAACCUAUCUGAAACCAUAUCCUGGUACAUCAUGAUGGAGGAUUGAGUAGCUUUAGACCAGUCUAUGCGAGCUGUAGGUUUAGAAGUAGUAGAUGGCAUAGCAUUUAUUGGAGUACAGUGCAUAUUCAGCAAAAAAGAAAGAGGAAGAUGAUCAGAAAGGUUAGUCCCACAUGUUACAGUAUGUAUAUAUAUAUCAGUAACAAACGAAGAGAGUGACUGUGAACACACAACAUGGUCAAUCACAAGACCGUCAUCUCUCUCAUAUUUGAAAUUAACCGACUCACUAUAUAAGAAAGAUCACAAACAACAAAUCACUAAAACAAGAUACAUCACUUUCUGAGGGCAAGUACACAUUCACCAACA